UUCGUGGUACAAAAAUUUGGCAACAACGCCAAGUAAUUGAUUCUAACCUCAAUUUUUAGUUUUCAAUUUUGUUUGAAUUUUAAUUAUUAAUAAUUACAAUGUUAUUAAACAGAUGUCAAUAUCUGUUACCGUUCCUUACUGAAAGUACUUUACCAUACAAACCCUUAGUUACAGUUCGUUAUGCAGCGAGAAAGGGUACACGUGAGAGAAGGGAGAAGAAGAAAGUUAAAGUAGUUAAGGAAAAAGUUGCGUUUAUUCCACAUAAUCAGCGUGAUAAGGAGAAGUUGCUUAAAAAUCGUCCCAAAUUGAAGUUUGAUGAUUCAGCGAAGCCCACGCCUAUUGAUAACGUUUAUAUAAUGCGCAAGUAUAAAAUGAUCACGUAUCCGUUCGUCGAAGCCCUACAAUGUCACAGGGAGACGCAUCAUCCUGACAUGUAUAACAAACCAAACGCUGAUGUACAAAUUAAGAUAGAGCUCAAUAUGGUUGCAGAGAGAAAGACACGUCUCCUCGACAACUUUACACGCAUGGCACCUAUGCCUCAUAAAAUAAAUCACGGAGAAGAGCGAUCAAUUCUUGCAUUUGUUAAGGAAGCCGAAUUACAGGAGGCCGCCAGAAAGGCAGGUGCCAGUUUGGCCGGUGGCGUGGAGUUAAUCAAAGAGAUUCAAAGUGGAUCACUAUCUCUGCAAAACUUUCACUUCAUAGUAGCUCAUCCGAGUAUACUCCCAGAGCUGGUUUCGAUACGAGGGUUGCUAAAGAAAAAGUUUCCAAAUCCGAAGAAUGGGACUUUGAAUGCCAAUUUGCAUGACAGUGUAACAAAAUUUAUGAACGGUAUCACGUACAGCGCUAUUAAAGACGAGUAUGAAAAAGAUUUUGGUUUAAUCGAAACUGUAAUUGGCACAUUGGGUAUGGAUGAUGCUCAUUUGGAAGAGAAUUUCGCUAGUCUUCUCCUGGAUGUUUAUGAGAUGAAACCCAAACGUUCAGGUACUUUUAUUUCAAGGUGCUUGAUGAUUAGUCCGCCUUCUCGUGAGAAAUUCAAAGUGGACCAUUCUGUUUAUCUUCCUGUUGAACAAGUAGAAGUUGCACAACCUGAAGAGGAGGAGGAAGAACCUGUAGCUGAAGCAGCUGCAUCAUAGAUUUAGUUGUAAAUUGAAUGUUCAGUAGAUAAUAAACUUAAUUAGUAUA